AUGGGAUUGAAAUUACAUAGAAAAAAGAAAACUAAUGACGAUACUGCCAGCAGUACUUCUUCACAAUCAUUUGCCAAUUCAUCUCCUAAAUCAAACCAUAGAAGAUCAUUAAAUCUAUUUCAACAUCAUAAACGAAUGAGUAGUAGUGGCACUUUUGCUGAAGAUAAGUCCUUCAGAGGCAUGAUCAAUUCGAUAAACCGAUCCCAUUCACAAUCAAGACCACAGACGAACAAUGUCAAUACCAGCCAAAUUGAAUCUGGAAACCAAACCCCAAGAACAUUGCCGUCAUCACCUACAAUCUCGAGAUCCAAUUCAAUGACCAAAACAAGUGGGAAUGCAUUGCAGUUGCCUCAAAAGGAUGUUGAUAUGCCGGGCACAUCAUUAAUAAUAUCAAAUGACGAGCUUGAGAGAGUAGUGAAGCAACCAGAAGGGGCAAGUGGAGUUGACAUAAGCAUAAGUCCAAAUAAUGGAUCACAAUUAUUGUUGAAUGUCCCUGAUAAACAACAGACAAAUACAAGCCAAACAUCUUCACAGCACCCACCAACUCAUCAACCUCCAACUAAAACUUCUACACUAGAUUCGCUGUCAGAUCUACAAGAGCAUCAACAUCACCAUCACCAUCAAUCACAACAACCAGCUAAAUCAGAAUCAGGAGGAUUUUUGUCAAUGUUUUUAAACACUGGUCCAGCCAAAUCAGCAACACCACAAGAGGGUAAUAUUGACCCUAAUGAUAAGAAAAAAGAACACACCUCAUUUGCAGCACGAUUAGAUAAUUUGUUGAAAGGAGUUAAACACGAGGAGUCGAAGGCGUCAUUGACAGGAGAAGGAGGGGGUGCAGAAGAACAGACAGAUAGAGAAAUAGGACGAACUUCAACUGACAUGAAGUCAGUGCAUUCAUUAACGCAAGAUGUACAAUUCGAGCCUGUUAGAGAGUCGCCGUUGAAAACUUUAGGAAAUGGUGAUUUGAAAUUGGAUGAUUUUGAUGCCAAUGUUCCUGGAGGGUUACCAGAUACCGAGUUUGUUGGUUCUCGAAGACCCUCAUUUCGUUCUGCAGACAGCACUACAAAGAGAGCAAUCAGUCCUGAUAGAGAAAACAACUCUGUACCAGUGGGCAAUCAAGUUCAAGCUAUAUCUAAUGGAAAUGACCUAAAAAGAUUGAAAAGAAGAAGUGGUAUGUCCAAUGGUGAUCGACAAUCAUCAGUGGGGAGAAGCUCAUUUGUUGACAAUCAAACGAUUUUAAGUUCUGAUGAUCACAGAAGUACCAUUGGUGCGAUUAGAUCACGAACGUCUGAAGUGCAAGAUGAUUUGGAUAUAUUAAGUGAUUCUGAAUUGGAGAAUUUAGAUAAUAUUGUCGAUUAUUCCAAAAAAAUUAAGCAUGCAUCAAGGAAAAGAGAUAAAGAGUUUCAUCAAGUAUUUAAAAAGUUGCCAAGUGGUGAAAAAUUAAUUGACGAAUUCAGUUGUGCAUUUUCAAAAGACAUCUUGGUUCAAGGUAAGAUGUAUUUAAGUGACCAUUAUAUAUGUUUCAAUUCAAACAUUUUGGGUUGGGUCACAAACUUAAUUAUUCCAUUACAAGAAGUCAUACAGAUUGAAAAGAAAUCUACCGCAGUGCUAUUCCCUAACGGUAUGGUUAUCAGAACAUUGCAUCAGAAAUAUGUGUUUGCAACAUUUUUAAGUCGUGAUACUACAUUUGACUUGAUUACCAAUGUGUGGCACAGAGUUAUGUUGGAGAACAGUGAUAUUGACCCCAAGAAGUUGCAAGCAACGCUUGAAAGAAAAAGAAGAAGGGCAAAUUCUAACCUUUCACAAGUCAGUCGAGAUGAAAGUUAUGUUGAUGAUUCCGAUGAUGAUCUUGGUGGUUCAGAUGAAGAUAAUGAUGACUCAAUGGCCGAUGAUGAAUCUGGCGAUGAUACUUCGUUAGAUAAUGAUGAUGGAGAUAACUCAGAAGAAAAAGGAACCGACGAAAGUGAUGUAAAUGGCGCCAGUGUGGCUGCUACUUCGGGUUCCAGUAAGGAUGGAAAUACUUUUAAAGGAUUGCCAGUAGUUGGUCCAUUAACCCACGCACCAACAUCGACUGGUUACACUAAAGAUUCAAGUGAAACAUUUAUUGUUGAAGAUACAAUCAAAGCUCCACCAGGAGUUGUGUUUUUAAUUUUGUUUGGCCUGGAUACAGCCAAGUAUAUUGGGAUUUUAAAAGAACAAAAGAAUUUUGAUAUAAGUGAAUCAUCUAUCAAAGGGUUGUCGAAGGAUAACAAAGAACGUAACUAUACUUAUAUCAAACCAUUAGGAGGAGCUAUUGGACCAAAACAAACCAAGUGUGUGAUUGAAGAUAAAGUUAUUGAAUAUAGUCCUGAUAAAUAUUAUGAGGUUGAACAAACUACUCAAACACCAGAUGUUCCUAGUGGGAAUUCGUUUAAAGUUAAAACCAAAAUUUUCUUAAGUUGGGCUGCCAACAAUGAAACCAAGAUUUAUAUCGUAACAUCCAUUGAAUGGAGUGGGAAAUCAUGGAUUAAAGGUGCCAUUGAGAAGGGUACUAUUGAUGGUCAAAAGGACUCUAUGGGCUCAUUAAUUAGCAUUACCAACAGAAUUAUUGCUACCAGCGGUGAUAAAAAACCAAGUAAAAAAGGUAGUAAAAGAAGUAGAAAGGGAACAGUUAGGAAAGACGUUGAAGAAGAACCAACUAAAGCAGUUGUUAGCGAACCUGUUAAACCAAAGAGUAUUGGUGAUCAGUUUGGUGAUUUGAUUAACUCCAUUGGUGAUUUGGUGCCAAUUCCAUUCUUGAGUAAUACACUAGUAGGAACAAUUGUGUUGAUCUUUGGUAUGAUUAUUUCAUUUUCGUUGUUCAAUAAGAUUACUCAUAGACAUACUCCCAAAACAAUUGAAAUAAUUCCAUCUAAUUUGUACUCGUCAAAGAUACAGAUAGAUGGAGAGAAAUAUUUGGUAUUACCUACAAUAGAAACCAAUUUCAAUAACGAAAGAAUGAGAAGACAAGAAGAAGUUGGCAUUUGGAAUUGGAUCAAUGAACGAAGUAAUGGUAAAUUGAACUUGUCACUCAAUUGUGACAGUUUUGAAAAAUUAAGCAAUGAAGAAUUGAAGAGUAAGUACAAUGAACAAGAGUUGAAAGAAAUUGUCAGAUUAACGAAAUUGAAAUUGGAUAAACUUUCUGAGAAAUUAAAUGAUAUCAAUCUAUAG